GUGCAGAUUUGUCGGUAGCGUAGGGUUGUGCACGGCUCCGUACCGGUCCCUACGGCAGCGUACGGCGGCGCAGGGCACCACACCGGUCCCUACGGCAGCGUACGGCGGCGCACGGCACCACACCGGUCCCUACGGCAGCGUACGGCGGGGCACCGCACCGCUCCCUACGGCACCGUAUUCCGCCAUACGGCAUCGCACCCCGGGGCGCCGCAGCGCCCGCGUCCGGCGGGGCCAUGAUGGCGUGUGCCGAGCUGCUGGCUGUGUGCCUGCUCUCUGCCAACCGCGGCCCCGCGCCCCGCCGACAGCCGCUCCCCAUCUUCUACGACAUCUUCCGGCGAGCUGACAAGAACGAUGAUGGGAAGCUGUCAUUUGAAGAGUUCAAGAACUAUUUCGCUGAUGGGAUCCUGAGCUCGGAGGAGCUGUGGGAGUUAUUCAGUGGCAUUGACAGGCAUCACUCAGAUAACGUGGACACAGAGAAAUUGUGUGAUUAUUUCUCAGCAUAUCUUGGGGAAUACAGGAAUGUGCUUUCUGCCCUGGAAGCCCUCAACUCCGCGGUCCUGGCAGCCAUGGACAAAACCAAGCUGAGGUACGAGACCUCCUCGAAGAUGGAGCAGUUCCUGACGCGGUUCCUGCUGCGGGAGACCCUGCAGCAGCUGCAGUCCCUGCAGGCCUCGCUCGAGUGCGCCGUGGACACCGUGGAGGAGCAGGCAGGACGGGACAGAAAGGACACAAAGAAGCCUGAGACCAUGGUUGGGCUGAGGUCAGGGAGGCGAUGUGGGCGCAGAGGACAGAAGAACGUCUGCCUGUCUCCAACGGACCCCUACUCUGGGAUGCUAACAACAGGCGUUUGUGUCAAAGACAACAGCCAGUGGAUGGCGCAGAUCAACCGGCUGCAGCAGCUCAUCGAGAAGCUGGAGUGCAAGAGCCCGCGCCUGGAACCGCUGAAGGAGGAAGCGAUGUGCAAAGGAAGAGAUGCAUGUCUCUGCCUGCAAGCUGAGGGACGAGGCCUGCUUCAUCCUGUACGAGUUCUGGCAGGACGCAACCGCCUGGAGGAGCCACCUGCAGUCGAGCUGCAGCAAGACAUUCCAGCGCUCCAUCAUCAGCCUGCUGGAGUCCCCGGAGCUGCUGACCACCAUGCUCUUCCCAGCAUCCUGGUGGAUCAUGAACAACAACUGAGCCGGGGCAGCCGCCUCCAGGACUCCGCUGCCGUGUGGAAGACGUGGAGCGCUCAGCACAGCCGUCACGUUCGUCACCUCCGUGUCCUCAUCCCCUCCUGCAGCGCGCAGGGGCUGCCUGCCCGUCCCCUGGCACUGCCUCUCCCUGCUCCUCUUAUUUAUUCCCUCCCCAAGCCGCUGGCCGCAGUGGGAGCUGUGCUCAGGGUGGCUGCGGGGGAGCACUGGGCUGGUUGCUGUGUCCCUCCUCCUCCUCCCCGUGCUCCUCUUCCUCUGGGCUCCGCAGCACGCUGGGGUGUGCUGGGGGGCACGGCUGUGGCCUCCCCAGCCCUGGCACUGGCUCUGCCCAUGGGGCCGGUGCCUCGUGUGCAUUGUGAACAGUGUCUUAUAGAACGUUAAGGGAGUAUUCCGGGGGGGGAACUCAGCCCUGGCCGUGUGCAGCCAUUGCACCUCCUGCCCCCGCUGUGCCCGUCCCCAAUAAAUCACAGCCCCAGUGCAGGGGCUCGAGUGUGGCUCCGA